AGCCGCGAUUUGUACAGUGACAGCCGGCCCCCGCAGAGAGGUCACCAUGCGCUUUAGCCAAGCGCCACGCGGCUCUACCGCCUCCUUCCUGCAGGAUGGCAAGGCAGCAGGCAUUGUGCGCCAACCCAAAGGAGAACGGAAGGAGCCUCUGACGAAUUUGAAGCCCGCCUCGCGUGCGGAAUAUGAGAGGUCUUUGAAGGUCUUCAAAUGCACUGCCGAUGUAGACGCGGGCAAUGGGCGCAAGCUGCGACGGCCACAGCAGCCCUUGGACAAGACGCUCAUCGGUGCUCCCACGGGAAGUGUCCAGUCAACCACCUUCGGCCUUCCAGAGAGGCGGCUGCGGGGAAUGACGAAGCACAGUUGUACGGAGGAGAGCAACGAGGACUUGAUGAGUCGCAGAGAGUUCUUUGACCACUGCACGCGGGCAGACGACUACGCGGAUCUUCUUGGCCGACCCAUGCUUUCGCCUCGCAAGAAGGAGUGCAGCAUCCUUGAGGGGGCGUACUACUUGGCGGAGGAGAAGGAUGGCGACUUCGAGGAUCUGAGUACUGCUGCGUCCGACGACUGUGAAACAAGGCACAGUUCUGUGCCUUCGUUGCGAGUGCGGCGAGUGCUGCAGAGUCUGAUGCCUGCGAAGGGAGGGCCCGACAUUCCUUUGGAGAUGGUGGCCCGCUUGGAGCAUUUGGUGGAGCUUGCGGACCGGGUCGAGACCAAGAAGCGGAACAAGAACCAUAUGAUGCGCGAGUACUCUCCAGGUGUCAGUAUCUUGCCCGACGACCUGUCGGUGGCAGAAUCCGAGACGCUUCCCAUGCCCGAGGAAGAGGAGGACGAAGAGGCGCUGGAAGAGAGGCCCAGCGUGCAACAGUUGGUGCAGAAGUACGAGGCUCCGAUCUCACAGGCGCCUGGGCCGACGCUUCUCCGCCGCGGCAACCCGCAGGGUGUGAAGCCCUCGGAAGGCGAGAGCUCCGAUGCUUUGCCUGAGAAGUCGAAGGAAAACGAAGAUUCCUCCAGCGCCUUGAGCUCCCCGAGGUAUACCGACAAGGACGAACUCGUGGACAAGACCAAUGCCCUUCGACGCAAGGGCUUCAAUCUUUUCGCCGCUGGGGGCGAGAGCUGGGACCAGCUGCAUGCAAUUACCGCGAUCUGAGCGCAGCUUCUUGGCCGCUCGCAAAUGGCAUCUGCCGGCCACUUGGGUGCUUUCUCGCUCGCCGUUGGCUGGAGCGAGGAGCACUGAAGCGGUGUGCUGCCAAUGAAUGUGUCACAAACUUUAACGUCGGAAAGAGGCAAGGCCCCUCGGACCAGCC